AGCUUCCGUCACAGUUGAGGUCACAACAGAAAACAUGGCGGCGUCCAGGAAAGCAACCGUGGUAUUGAAGACUGUGAAGAAAAUAGCGAUUCAGUUUUCCGCGUUUGAGUCUAAUGUUCGGUCCACACGGGAGUUUCUCGCCAAGGUGGGAUCAGAAAAAGCCAGAGCUACGAACAUCAACUGUGAGGUGAUAUCCACAGUGAAACACGACAAGUCUGAACCUGUAGUGGACAUAACCUAUGUAGAUGGAGAGAGGCUGCUGAUGAAGGGAGCUAAGCUGACCAGCAGUGAGAUGCUUAACACGUUUCAGUCCCUAUGCACGGCCAAGGAUCCACAGGCCAAAACUGCAGCCAAAAAAUAACGUUAAUCUUACCACAAAUAUGUCUGUGUUGAAUUUCUCUGAACGUUUAAAGUAUUUUGUUUGAGGUUUAUAAUAAAAGUAUUUCACAUGAAUGCGAUGGUUCUGGUGUAAAUUGCCCUUUGAAUUCUGCAUUGAUUGUGGUUUGACAUAAUUGGGACAGGGAUGAUAUUGAGUCAUUUGCUGAAACUCCUCUUUACAUCCCUGAUUCUGAAUUCAUCAUCCAUGUCAUGAUUCAAUCUCAGCAGAUGUUCCUGGCUGUCAACACACUCUUCCACCAUCAAACUGUAAAAAAAAAUCACACCCUCUUGUUAAGUCGGAUUAAUUAGAAAAGACGUUACCCCCAUCAGCUGGGAUCAGUGCAGAGCCAUGAUGUGUUCUUUCAUAAUGUACCUUUUUUUCUUCUUCCUGAUAACAGAGAGCAUCCAGUGUUUGAGAGGACAUUAUGCAAGCUCCAACCUUUGACACAGCGGCCUCAGAUGUAAUUUGGCACAGAGUUUUAGCUCCACUUAAAAAAAAGAAGAAAAAAAAAGCCCUUUACAACCAGUCACACUUAACUGAAUUCCUGUUUCCUCUGUUAGCAACACUCUGUACAUAAGCAUCUGGAACUUAAAUGAUUUUCUCCAUA